AUGAAGAAGCCUUCUAUUGGUCCGUACAGCAUCGCGUAAGUAUUCGAGCCACCAAAAAAUGAUUCAUUAUUUUCUCUCUUCAGGCUCGUCUCAGACUUCUUCUGCCCGAAUGCUGGUGGCGUGGAAACUCACAUAUACUUUUUGGCGCAAUGUUUGAUUGAUUUGGGACAUCGUGUAAUUGUGAUAACACACAGUUACGGAGACAGAAAAGGUGUCAGAUUCCUCUCAAAUGGGUUGAAAGUGAGAAUUCAUAACGUAAAUCUUCGUCAAUAAAAACGAUAUUCAGGUCUAUUACUUGCCAUUCAUAGUCGCCUACAACGGAGCAACACUUUCAUCAAUCGUCGGGAGCAUGCCAUGGCUCCGAAAAGUCUUUCUUCGUGAGAAUGUGCAAAUCAUCCACGGACAUUCAGUUUGUUUCUUCUCCUAUUUAUCAUCAGUUACCCUUUUUCUUUUUCAGACCUUUUCUGCUCUCGCGCACGAAUCCCUCAUGAUUGGCGGACUGAUGGGUCUCCGUACAGUGUUCACUGACCACUCCCUCUUCGGAUUCGCGGACGCUUCAGCUAUUCUCACAAACACACUCGUCCUGCAGUACUCGCUUAUCAACGUGGAUCAGAUCAUCUGUGUCUCCUACACCAGCAAAGAAAACACUGUGCUACGUGGAAAACUGGAUCCGAACAAAGUCUCAACGAUUCCGAAUGCCAUCGAAACGCCGCUGUUCACUCCGGAUCCGAAGCAGUUCCACAGUAAUCCCACCACCAUCAUCUUUCUCGGACGACUUGUGUAUCGGAAGGGAGCUGAUUUACUCUGCGAGAUCAUUCCGAAAGUAAGUGAUUCCAUUCUGAAAGUUCAAAGUUCCAUUUGUUCGCGUUAUCAGGUGUGCUCCCAUCACAAAACCGUUCGAUUCAUAAUCGGUGGAGACGGUCCCAAGCGGAUAGACUUGGAAGAAAUGCGCGAAAAGCAUAAGCUCCACGAAAGAGUCGUGAUGCUCGGAAUGCUUCCGCACAACCAAGUGAAAGAAGUUCUCAAUCAAGGACAGAUAUUCAUCAACACUUCACUGACGGAGGCGUUCUGCAUGAGUAUCGUCGAAGCGGCCAGUUGCGGACUGCACGUCGUGUCCACGCGAGUCGGCGGAGUGCCCGAGGUCCUUCCGGUCGAUGAGUUGAUCUCAUUGGAAGAACCCGUGCCUGAUGGUCUACUUCGAAAUUCUGAAGUUCUACCGUUCCAAUUUAACUUUCAGAUCUCGUGGAUGCUCUUCUGAAGACAAUUCAGAAACGAGAAAGGGGAAGGCUAAUGGAUCCGGUGAAGAAACACGAAGCGGUCUCCAAAAUGUACAACUGGCCGGAUGUAGCCGAACGGACCCAACUCGUCUAUCAGAACGCUUUCGAAUCGCCAUCACCCGGCAGAAUUGCGCGACUCAAAGGGUUAUUGGUUAGCAUCUUGAAUGUCCUAAUGUAAAAGUUCUUGCAGGUACUGUGACCAAGGAAUUGGCUUCGGCAUUCUCUACAUCACCGUCGCCAUCAUCAUCAUCUUCUGUCUAAAAGUAUUGGAUUACUUCGAUCCUCCCGCCAACAACAGGCCUAUCAGUAAUCCGGAGAAGAAAAAGUUGUGA